AUGGUCUUUACCGGCCAGAGCGCACAGUGGCCGCAGAUGGGCCUCGAACUUCUUCAAUCAAGCGCCACUUUCAAGAAGUCGAUCCACUACAUGGAGAAAAUCCUUAAAAGCCUCCCUGAUCCCCCUACUUGGUCUCUAGUUGAUGAAUUGACUAAGCCAGCUGAGACAAGUAAGCUGGACAAAUCUUAUCUAUCCCAACCCCUAUUUACUGCGAUACAGAUUGCCCUAGUCGACGCGUUGUCUGAGCUCGACAUCAAACCUUUUGGGGUGGUUGGCCACUCGUCCGGCGAGAUAGCAGCCGCGUAUGCUGCUAAGAAGAUUACUGCCGAAGAAGCCAUCAUUCUCGCGUACGACCGUGGUGUCGUAUCCGGCAAGGUGAAAAGACCAGGAGCCAUGGCUGCCGUUGGCCUAGGUCGGGAAGAAACGACACCGUUCCUAGUGCCAGGCGUCAUUAUCGCUUGCGAGAACUCGCCUUUAAGCGUCACCAUAUCUGGCGAUAAAGAAGCAGUAAAUGACGUUUUGCAGGCGAUACAUUCAGAGAAGCCUAAUAUGUUCGCUCGCGCUCUAAAGGUCAAAAAGGCGUAUCACUCUCAUCAUAUGAGGGAGGUUGGCGAGACGUACAAUAGCCUAGUCUCUCUCCAUGUUGGGAGCAAAUCGAAAUACGCAGGUUCUAAGAACAUCGAGUACAAACCCGUCUUUUUCUCCUUGAUACCGAUGCCACAGAUUCUAGAUAUUGGCAAUCAAAUCUUGAGUCUCCGCCUCGUGUUCUUGGAAAUCGGGCCUCAUUCGGCAUUGGGUGGACCACUCCGUCAAAUUCUUGCAAAGUCGUUUGCCAGUUAUCCGUACAUGUCAUGUCUCGUCCGUGGUAAAAAUGGGAGCGAGACGUUCCUUUCGGCUGUCGGCCAGCUUUGGAUCCAUAAUCUACAGAUUAAUCUCAACCGCCUAACUAAUCCGGACGGCACCGCUCGCGUUGUCCCGGAUUUGCCCGCCUAUCCUUGGCAACAUAAUGACUCCUUUAUGCUGGAGAAUCGUAUCGCUAAGGAAUGGCGGUUCCGCAAGUUCCCCAAGCAUGAACUAUUAGGCAUUCGUGUUACCGAAAGCACAGACGGCGAGCCUGUGUUCCGGAAUGUCCUGUCGCUUGCUCAUAUUCCGUGGAUACAAGACCACAAUAUCAAAGGGGAUGUCAUCUUCCCAUGCGCAGGACACGUAGGUAUGGUAGGUGAAGCAGCUCGUCAAUUAUGCGAGGGUCUGUAUACAGGUUUUGCUUUACGCCAAGUCGUCAUCGAUACGGCCAUGGUCUUAACGGAGUCCAAAUCAACCGAGAUCAUCACUACUGUACGUCGAGCACCGCUUACAGAUGCUCUGGACAGCGCGUGGUGGGAUUUUAUCGUCAGUUCGUACGAUGGGACAUCGUGGACGAAACAUUGCUCGGGCCAAGUCUCCGCCCUAACCAGCCCACCAUUAAGCGAUAGAGCAGAAGACGCGUCUAAACUUCCUCGUCUGGUCGCGAAGUGGUAUCAAGCCCUUAGAAAUGUCGGGGCAAACUACCGGGGGGGUUAA